GUUUACCUCAUCGAUAUCCGCUGAUCAUGCCUCGCGCUAUCAUCUCACCCUCCGUGCUCGCGUCCGAUUUUGGGCAGCUUACUGCAGAAUGUAAGCGGAUGAUGAAAGGCGGGGCGGAAUGGCUGCACAUGGACGUGAUGGACGGACACUUCGUGCCCAACAUCACUAUGGGUGAGCGUGUCCAAGUCGAGUGCAUCAAAUGGUUGUGUUCAAUGAAACGCGCAAAGGUGCACCGAUCCUUGCUUGCGUCUCCAAAGGCGUUCCCGGCAUAUUCAUGGACUGCCACAUGAUGGUCGCCGAACCCGAGAAGUGGGUGGAUGACAUCGCUGCCGCUGGAGGAGCCCUAUACUGCUUUCAUUAUGAGGCGACGAGCGACCCUCUGUCCCUUAUUAACGCGAUCCAUGCACGGAAGAUGAAGGCUGGCAUUGCCAUCUCGCCCGACACCCCAUCGAGUGCAAUCACGGAUGAGGUCGCCAACGCUGCGGACAUGCUUUUGGUGAUGACCGUUUACCCCGGUCGUGGCGGGCAGAAGUUCCUUGAACGUUGUGUUCCGAAGGUUGCCGAGCUCCGCGCCCGUUUCCCCGAGAAGGACAUCGAGGUGGACGGUGGUGUCGGUCCGAGCACUAUCGACGUUUGUGCUCACGCAGGGAGCAAUGUGAUCGUUGCAGGGACCGCCAUCUUCGGUGCUCAAGACCCAGAAGGCGUGAUAUCCGCUCUUAAGAUGGCGGUAAACACCGCGCAAGCCAAAUUCCAGUCAGCAGCAUAGAAACACAUGAUGGUAUUUUCCGCGAUGAGAUUAUUAUGAUGAUCUACUAUGUAUACUACACUUCCAGCUACCACUGGAUCCACUCUCCAUACAUCGAUG